UUUAUGUCUGAUCAAAAAGACUCUUCAACUUUUCGAGCCAGUAUUCCUUCCCUCUUUGAAAGUACCAUUUUUGAUCAGAGUCAGAGUGUUGUUGAUGCCCAAAAACAAUUACUUACACCUACAACCGAAGGGGAUCAUGAACUCAAACUAGAGGGCGGGAUAUCCAAAAAGUACCAAAAGUCGCCAUUUGUACUUGUCAAUAACAACGAUGUUGGAGAUAAAACAUUAACAAUUCCUGAAGCCAAAACUGAUGAUUAUUCUGAACGUCCACUAUCUUUAACAAAAAAAUCAUCAAAACAAGAAGAAAUUGGCAAUGAAGAAAUAACAGAAAAUGAAGGAAAUUUAAAUGGAAUUUUAAAUAUUCGUUCAAUUCGAGAUUCAAUGCCUAAAAGAACUGAUUGUCCAACUUUUCGUGCUAAUGUUCCUUCUUUGCUUUUUGAAAGCACAAUUCAUGAUCAAACUUUGAAUGAGGAAGAUGAACAAGAUUACGCUUCUGAAGCCGUUAGUACACCAACAACAAUUCCAAAUAAAUGUCCAACGUUUCGUGCUAAUAUUUCUUCACUUUUUGAAAGCACCAUUAAUACUUGCACUGAUACAUCAACUCCUUUUCAAAAAAAUUGUCCAACUUUUCGUGCUAAUAUUCCUUCCUUACUUUUUGAAAGCACAAUUCUUGAUCAAAGUUUGAAUGAGGAAGUUAGUAAAUCAACUACACGUCCAAAUAAAUGUCCAACUUUUCGUGCUAGUAUUCCUUCUUUUUUUGAGAGCACAAUUUGUCAGGAUUCGGUGGUGGAUGAUCGUGCACAAAGCCAUGAUUUUGAAACAGCUGGACCUAGUACAUCAACAAAUUUUCCAAAACCAUGCUCCUCUUUAAAUAAAAAUCAAUUUGUUUUGAUUAAGGGAACUCCUUGCAAGGUUUUACUUAAAUUUUGUUUUCUUUUAAUUUUUGUUUUGAUUCUAAAAUGA